AUGGCAACCACCAGUGAACAGUCGCUUUCCACUUCGUCGAUAUGUGGCAGACAUCGUCCUCUUGGAAGUCAAGCGAGAGAAAUUGUAUACAAUGUAUACGCAUAUUUGGCAGAAAACAAGAAAAAGUUCCUUUUAGAGUACAAUGUUCUCGAAUCCACAUCAGACGCCACUGGUGUUUCGCGCUCGACUAUAAAUAGAAUUGUACGAGAAAGGAAAAAAUCUAUUACUGACGAAGAUUCCACUUUUCCAUUUGCUCCGAAAAAGCGAGGUGGUCAAAAUAAAAUUGAAUUUAGUCCCUUUGCUGAAGGAGCUAUACGGAGAAAAAUACACGAAUUUUAUCUUGUUAGAAAAGAGUAUCCAUCUUUAACAAAUCUAUUGAACGCUCUACGUGAAGAUGGUACACUAACUUGCAGUAGAGAAUCUCUUCGCUUAAAAAUAAGAGAUCUUGGAUUUGAAUGGAAUGCAAACGAUCAGUCCAAUAGGAAACUGUUAACUGAAAAGCCAGAUAUAGUGUCUUGGAGACUAAAAUAUUUGCAAGCCAUAAAGAAAUUCAGACAAAGCAAUCAAAUUAUUGUGUAUCUUGGUACAACUGACUGGCAUACAUUGAGUAUUACAACUAAAUGCUGGCAAUCGCCUGAAGAGAUCUCCAGAGGCAAGAAGGUUAUUAUUGUUCGUGGUGGAGGAGAAAUGGGAUUUAUUCUUAAUAGCUUAUUAUUGUUUAAGUCAAAAACACCAAAACAGGAUGAACACAGCAAUAUAAACGGCACUACUUUUAUGAAGUGGGUUAGAGAGCUUGUAAUACCCAAUUUGCCACAGACUUCUGUGGUCAUUGUAGAUAACACACCAUAUCAUUGUUUCAAUGAAAACAUUAAAUCAACAGUUAUGCAGAACAUUAAAGUGUACCCAGCAUCAAAGGAAUCUGCUUUUGAUAAACUUCUACAAAGCCAUGGUCAUGAAGUAUUAAGGCUUCCACCAUAUCAUGUGGACCUUAAUCCAAUAGAAUUGGUCUGGUGGGAUAUUAAAAAUAAGGUUGACAAAGAAUGUUUAUCUACCAAGUUAAAAGAGAACAAAGACUUUCUUUUGAAUAGUUUUUAUCAAAUUGCUGUUGAAAAGUGGAAAUCUUAUUGUACGCAUGUACAGAAAAUAGAAGAUGAAUAUUUACAUCACAAUGAACUGAUGGAAGGUAGAAUGGAUAUUCUUAUUGCACAAGUAGAAGACAGCGCAUCGUUCGAUGAAAGUUCAGAGGAUGAUUGA